UGAGCAGCAGUCAUUCAGCCGGCCGCCAUAUUGAACUGGGAUUUUUUUUUUCUUUUUUUGCGCUUGUUGCCACCAGAAGCUUUAAGUGCGACCGGAGGAGGCCGGCGAGGCGGCGGGGAGAAGCACCGGGGUCUGGAGGCACCGGCAGCACCCUGUCAGGCGCGGAGGCACUCGGGAUAAAAAAAAUAAAAGGAACUAACAGAUCGUUAUGAUCCGUGCAUAAAGAGGACAAUAUUCCCCUUCUGCGUUCUUAAAGAAGAGCCUGGCGGAUGGACAGAAAUUAAAAAUGGGAUUAUAAAAAAGGGGGAGACGUUUCCCUCAGCUGGUCAGAGGAGGGGCUUUCGGGGCUGUACGACUGCGGAUGAUGGUUUUAGUGUGAGCCCGGAUCUGCUUUGGUCGCCAGCCUGCUGUGUUUGUUUUUGGGGUUUUAAGCGAUUAGCAGGGUGGAAAACGAUCGGAUUGUCAUUUGCGAUCUUUAUCAAGGGGAGAUAUAAAAAGGAUAAGAGACUGCUGGCGGGGUAAAGUGGAAGCGGCCGGCCGGAGCGGGGUCUGCAUUUCCCCGUCCCCGGUCUGUCCUAAGGGGAGCAGGAAUUAAGACAGCCGACUCUCAUGAAUAAAAUGACGGAUUGUUAGCCUGCCUCACCUGGCAGGCUACCUGCCCCCCAGCCCGCUUCUGAAGAUGUAGUUUGCUGGCAAAGUUGGUCGUUUUUUUAACGCUUUAUGAUUAAAAAAGGGGGAGUCAUGGUCCGCGUUAGGUAGCAGGCUUGGCUACAUUGUUGCCCGGCGUGAAAGGGUCCCGAGCUGGAACCAGAUGCACUUUUUUGUGUUUCAACGUUAGGGUUUUUCCCCCCUCGAUCGUUCUUUUUAAAUUAAAAGAGUAGAGGUGUCCUGUUUAAGUUUGGCAGCCAUGUCGGGAGAGGUGCGCCUGAAGAAGCUGGAGAAACUGCUCCUGGACGGGCCGGUUCAGAGCGCCGGGCAGUGCUGCAGCGUGGAGACGCUCCUCGACGUCCUUGUCUGCCUCUACGAUGAAUGCAGCAACUCGCCGCUCCGCAGGGAGAAGAACGUGCUCGAGUUUCUCGAUUGGGCUAAGCCAUUCACCUCCAAAGUCAAGCAGAUGCGGCUUCACAGGGAUGACUUUGAGAUCCUCAAGGUGAUUGGCCGUGGAGCGUUCGGCGAGGUGGCCGUGGUGAAGGUGAAGAACACAGACAAGGUGUUCGCCAUGAAGAUCCUUAACAAGUGGGAGAUGCUGAAGCGUGCUGAGACGGCCUGUUUUCGGGAGGAACGGGACGUGCUGGUAAACGGGGACAGCCAGUGGAUUACGACGUUGCACUAUGCCUUCCAGGAUGACAACUACUUGUACCUGGUGAUGGAUUACUACGUGGGAGGGGACCUGCUCACACUGCUCAGCAAAUUCGAGGACCGGCUGCCGGAGGAGAUGGCACGAUUCUACCUGGCCGAGAUGGUGUUGGCCAUCGACUCGGUGCACCAACUGCACUACGUCCACAGGGACAUCAAGCCGGACAACAUCCUGAUGGACGUGAACGGCCACAUCCGCCUGGCCGACUUCGGAUCCUGCCUGAAGCUGACGGAGGACGGGACGGUCCAGUCCUCGGUGGCGGUCGGCACGCCGGACUACAUCUCCCCGGAGAUCCUGCAGGCCAUGGAGGACGGCAAGGGCAAGUACGGGCCCGAGUGCGACUGGUGGUCGCUGGGGGUCUGCAUGUACGAGAUGCUGUACGGGGAGACGCCCUUCUACGCGGAGUCGCUGGUGGAGACUUACGGCAAGAUCAUGAACCACAAGGAGCGCUUCCAGUUCCCGCCGCACGUCAGCGAUGUGUCUGAGAACGCCAAGGACCUGAUCCGCCGCCUCAUCUGCUCACGGGAGCACAGGCUGGGCCAGAAUGGCAUCGAGGACUUCAAGCGGCACCCCUUCUUCUCAGGCAUCGACUGGGACAACAUCCGCAGCUGCGAGGCCCCUUACAUCCCCGAGGUCAGCAGCCCGUCGGACACGUCCAACUUCGACGUGGAAGACGACUGCCUCAAGAACUCGGACACCAUGCCCCCCCCGUCCCACACCACCUUCUCCGGACAUCACCUCCCCUUCGUGGGCUUCACCUACACCAGCCACUGCGCCCUUUCGGACCGGGGCUGCCUGCGCGAGUCUGCAGUGCCUGCGCAGAUGGACGUGAGAGUGCAGCGCAGCUUGGAGGAGAGUCUGGCCACGGAGGCGUAUGAGAGGCGGCUGCGGCGGCUAGAGCAGGAGAAACUGGAGCUCAGCCGCAAGCUUCAAGAAUCCACCCAGACCGUCCAGGCAUUACAACACUCCGGCGGAGAUGGACCAGUAGCGGCCAGCAAGGAGGUCGAGAUCCAAAGCCUGAAGGAGGAGAUUGAGGCCCUGAAGAAACAAAUAGCAGACUCUGGGCGGCUGGAGCAGCAGCUGGAGAAGGCUAGCUCAGCCCACAAGGACCUGGAGGAGUCCUCCAAGCACAUCAAAGGCCUGGAGAAGCAGGUGAAGAGCAUGAACCAGGAGAAGGAUGACUUUCAGAAGGAGCUGCUGGAGGCCAACAACGUGCUGAAGUCACAGGCCAAGGAGCUGAAGGAGGCACACAGCCAGAGGAAGCUGGCCAUGCAGGAGUUCUCGGAGAUGAGCGAGCGCGUGACGGAGCUGCGCUCCCAGAAGCAGCGGCUCUCCCGCCAGGUCCGUGACCGCGAGGAGGAGCUGGAGGGCAUGUCGCAAAAGGUGGAGGCACUGCGACUGGAGGUGCGCAAGGCCGAGAGGGCGCGCAAGGAGAUGGAGGUGCAGGCGGAGGAGAGGAGCGAGGAGGCGCAGAAGGAGAAGAAGCUAAAGGAGCGAAGCGACCAGUUCAGCAGACAGCUGGAGGAGGAACUGGAGGUGCUGAAGAAGCAGGCUGGCCGUGCGCCAGGAGCGGGGGCCUCCGAGCAGAACCAGGAGCUGGGCCGGCUGCGAACGGAGCUGGAGAAGAAGGUGGCCUCCUAUGAGGAGGAGCUGUCCCGGCGGGAGAUGCAGCACACCGGCGAGCUCAAGGGUCUCAAGAAGGAACUGCGAGACGCUGAGGCCCAGCACCUGACCCUCAAGAAGGAGAUCAUGAUGCUGAAGGACAAGCUGGAGAAGAUACGGCGGGAGAGCCAGAGCGAGCGGGAGGAGUUCAAGACCGAGUACAAGCAGAAGUACGAGAGGGAGAGGGUCCUCCUGUCGGAGGAGAACAAGAAGCUGUCAGGGGAGCUGGAGAAGAUAACGUCCAUGGUGGAGACACUCGGCUCCACUAACAGACAGCUGGAGGAGGAGAUGCGGGAUGUGGCCGACAAGAAGGAGAGUGUGGCCCACUGGGAGGCCCAGAUCACUGAGAUCAUCCAGUGGGUGAGUGACGAGAAGGAAGCCAGAGGCUACCUGCAGGCGCUGGCCACCAAGAUGACUGAGGAGCUGGAGAGCCUGCGGAGCACCAGCCUGGGUUCUAGGGCCACGGUGAGCGCCCUGCUGCGCCCUCCCCAUCCCGUCCUGCGCUGCCCGCGUCCCGUCCCCGGCCGUGACCCAGACCGCCUCCCCCGCACUUCUUUUCUGCAGGACAUGCCCUGGAAGAUGCGCCGUUUCGCCAAGCUGGACAUGUCGGCUCGACUGGAGUUGCAGUCCGCGCUCGACGCCGAGAUCCGGGCCAAGCAGGCCAUCCAGGACGAGCUGAACAAGGUCAAGGCGUCCAGCAUGUCCACGGAGUGCAAGCUGCAGGAUUCUGAGAACAGGAACCAGGAGCUGAUGUCUGAAAUUGAGAAGCUGCAGAAGGAGACGGAGGAGCUUCGGACGGGGAAGGGUGUGAAGCUCCAAAGUACCCAUAAUUCCCUGCUGGCCUUCCUGAACACCCCCUCCUCGGCCCUGGAUCAGUUCGAGCAUUCCCCGGCCUCUUAUCCAGCCACCAAAAGCAGACGUGCUGACUCCAUGGAAACCUUCAGCCUGUCCAACACCCCGUCGCGGGACGACGACACUCGCUCUCGCCUCCUGUCCCGCUCGCGAUCGCCCUCUACUGCCAGCGACUUGGAGCCAAUUGAGCUGAUAGACCAAUCCCCCACCACGACACAGACUCUGAUGACGCGGCCAGGGUUCAACAGGCCCAGUCUUGCCUCUCCCAAGCCGAAAGCGCACCAGUUUGUGGUGAAGACCUUCAGCGUCCCCACGAAGUGUAAGCAGUGCACCUCCGUGAUGGUGGGCCUCAUGCGGCAGGGCUGCGUCUGCGAAGCCUGCAGCUUCUCGUGUCACGUGACCUGCGCUGACAAGGCCCCGGCGGUGUGCCCCGUCCCUCUGGACCAGACCAAGGGCCCUCUGGGCGUCGACCCGCAGAAGGGCACUGGCACUAUAUUUGAGGGGCACGUGCGGGUCCCGAAGCCAGCUGGGGUAAAGAAGGGCUGGCAGAGGGCCGUGGCUGUGGUGUGCGACUUCAAGCUCUUCCUGUACGAUCUGGCAGAGGGCAAGGCCUCACAGCCCGGAGUGAUGGUCAGCCAGGUCAUCGACAUGAGGGAUGAAGAGUUCUCUGUCAGCUCUGUCUCUGCAUCCGAUGUCAUCCACGCCAGUCGGAAGGACAUCCCGUGCAUCUUCAGGGUAACAGCCUCCCAGCUCUCCACCUCCAGCCGCCGCAAGUGCUCCAUCCUGUUCCUGGCCGACAGCGACCUGGAGAGGAAGAAGUGGGUGGAGAUUCUCAACGAGAUCCACCGGCUGCUAAGAAAAAGCAAGCUGAAGGAGCGCUUCGUCUACGUGCCCAAGGAGGCGUACGACAGCACGCUGCCGCUCAUCAAGACCGCGCAGUCAGCCACCAUCAUAGAUCAUGAACGGAUUGCCCUGGGAAACGAGGAAGGCUUAUACGUCAUCCACAUCACCAAAGACGAGAUCAUUCGGAUCGGCGACAACAAGAAGGUGCAUCACAUGGAGCAGCUCCCCUCCGAGCAGCUGCUGGCCGUCAUCUCGGGCCGUAACCGCCACGUGCGGCUCUUCCCCAUGUCGGCGCUGGACGGCCGCGAGGUCGACUUCCACAAGCUGCCGGAGACGCGGGGCUGCCAGGCGCUGGCAUCCGGGCCGCUGCGCAGGGGCGCCCUCGUCUGCCUGUGCGUCGCCAUGAAGCGGCAGGUCCUCUGCUACGAGCUCAGCCGCGGUCGCACGCGCCACCGCAAGCUCCGCGAGAUCCAGGCGCCGGCCUCCGUCCAGUGGAUGGCGCUGAUGGGCGAGAGGCUCGUCGUGGGCUACCAGGGAGGCUUCGCCCGCUACAGCCUGCACGGGGAGGCGGCGCCCGUCAGCCUGCUGCACCCCGAGGACACCACCCUGGGCUUCGUCGGCCAGCUAGGGCUGGACGCCCUCUGCGCCGUCAGCGUCUCCAGCAAGGAGUUUCUCCUGUGCUUCAGCGGCGUGGGCGUCUAUGUGGAUGCACACGGUCGGAGGUCACGCCAGCAGGAGCUCAUGUGGCCGGCCGUACCGACUUCCUGCUGCUACAACGCCCCCUACCUGUCAGUGUACAGUGAGAACGCCGUGGAUGUGUUUGAUGUUAACACCAUGGAGUGGAUUCAGACCAUCCCCCUGAAAAAGGUGAGGCCCCUCAACAUGGACGGCUCUCUGAACGUCCUUGGCCUGGAAACGGUGCGACUCGUCUAUUUUAAGAACAAGAUGGCAGGUAUGUCUGGCUUUCCGGCUUCCUGCUGUUUCAGAUAAACUGGCACCAUUCCUUCCUUCCUCUU